AUGGCAUCAUUUAAUACUAUAUUGAAAGUAUUUGGAGGUGCCAUUGGUGGUGCAUUGAUUUAUUAUAUAAUUACUACUGGCAAUAAUAAUAAUAAUAAUGGCAAUAGUAAUAAUAAUAAUAACAAUAGCAAUAACACAGAAGAACAUCAAAAUACAGAUAAUACAAGUGGAUUAACAUCAAGUGGCAGGAGUGGUAGAAGAGCAUUAGUCAAUAGUAUAAAUAAUAGUAGUAGUGAUAUUGGAUCCAUACAUAAUUUAAUAGAUUUAUUACAAAAUACAUUAAUAGAAUAUAUUUUAACACAAGAAACAUCACAUGUAAUCACACUCGAUAGUCAAGCAACACUCGAUUAUGCAUUAAUGAGAAUGAAUGAAAGUAAUGUUACAUCCUUACCAAUUGUAGACCUUCAACAUAAAAAAUACAUUGGAAUGUUAUCAAUCGUAGAUAUCGCUACAUUUUUAGGUCAAUUCCCAAGUGUAGAAUCUCCAAAUACACCAGUUGGUGAAGUUUUAAAAUAUAAUAGAGAACCAUUUUUACCACUAUUUGUAAAUUCACCAAUUCAAUUAUUAAUACAUAUAAUGACCCAUCAAUUACAAGUACCAAUUAUGUCAAAUGAAACGAUUGUAGUUGAUAUUGUUUCAAGAUUGAAUGUAAUUAAAUUUAUAAAUGAAAAUAUUGAUGAAUUAGGUAGUAAGGCAAAUUCAUCAGUUAGAAGUUUAGGAUUAUUGUCAAAAGAGAUAUUUUCAAUCGAUAUGGAUUCACGUGUAAUCGAUGCGAUUAAUUUAUUAAAUUCUGAACAAAUUACAGAGUUGGCUGUAAUUGAUAAAGAUGGUAAAUUAAUUGGAACUUUCUCUCCAUCAGAUUUAAGAAAGCUAUCAAUCUAUUCCUUCAAUCAAUGUUAUGAACCAAUUAGUAAAUUCAUUAAAUUCCCACCACAAGAUCAAUUGAUUUUAGUUAGUCCUUCUUCAACUUUAAAAGCAACAAUUAGAAAAUUUGUUGAUAAUAAUGCUCAAAUUUGUUGGAUUGUUGAUAAUCAAUUAAAACCAAUUUCAAGUAUUACUCAAUUAAGUUUAAUGAAAUUCUUUUUAAAUUUAUCAACUUCUGUAAUUGCUGAUUAA